AACCUCAACUGUAUAUUUGAGGUUAUGUUAUCUUUCAAAAGUAUUUUGAAUUAAAAAUAAUUUAAUAUUUUGAAUUAAUAUGGAACAAAACAAUGAUUUACCUAGUUCUAGUGCCCCUACAAAAGAAAAUAACUUUACCAGGAAAUUAGUUUGUAUAAAUUACCCCGGAAUUGUUGAAAACGUUGAUAAAAUGCUUGAUACAUUGGGAGGACUCACCGAAAUUGAGAAUGUUGUGGGUGAACGAAAUCGCUAUUUAGAGUUGAGAUUUAGACCAGAGGAUAAGUUUUGUAAACCAGCCUUAUCAGAAACUGAUAAAAAACCGGGAAUUUUGGUUAAAGUAACUAAAAAGGAAAUAAACGGAAAAGUUGAUUAUAAUUAUGAAGUUUUGGGUGUUAAUGCUUUAUCUUAUUCUUUUAAUCGAUAUUGUGACUUCCAAUAUUUACCGUUAGUUACGAAUGAAAAAGAAACUAAAGAAUGUAAAUUAAAAUAUAUUUAUGAAGAUUUAUACCCAAAAGAAAUUCCUUCUGAAGAUUGGCUAACUAAAGAUGAAGUUAAAGAUAUGCCCCCUUUUCUUCCACCGGGAGUAUUUUCAAGAUUUGAUUAUCAACAACACAACAGCAUGUUUAAUAAAAAGCCAUCGAAUUUAUUUCCAUUAAGACAAAAAGGUCCCCGUCGUAAUGUUAUCAUGAGUUUUGAGAACGAAACCAUUCCAGAAGCACCACCAGAAGGUGUUCUUGAAUUCAUCAGAAUGAAACCAAGCAUGAAAUCAAGUUUUGAAGAAGUAAAGAAGUUAUUCGAUGAGCGUCCAAUUUGGUCAAGAGCAGCUUUAAUGUAUUUAUCAAAAAUGCAUGCUGAACACAGUAAAUUUGUUUUACCAGGGAUCGCUUAUUUCAAUAAGAAUGGCCCAUGGAGAAGUAUGUGGGUUCGUUAUAAUUACGAUCCAAGAAAAGAUCCCUCAGCUAAAAUUUAUCAAACUUUCGAUUUUCGUAUCAGAGCAACAUUUGGUCUUAAAGAAAUUGUUAAAAAUAAACAUAAAAAAGCGUCGACUGAUAAAAAAUCGUUAGAUGAAGUUGUUAAGCACAGCGACGAUUCCGAUACAAUUAAUGAAAAUGUCUAUAUUUUAUCUCCCGGGUUAUUACCUGCAGGGAGACAAAUUUUUUAUCAACUUUGUGAUGUAAAAUUACCAGAAAUCCAGACAAUGUUAAGUCGCUUACCACCAAUAUUACCGGGUACCAAAUGCGAUAUGAAAAACGGUUGGUUACCAGAUAAAUUUAAUGAUCAAUGUCGAGAAAUCGCGAAUAAAUACAUCGAGGAAGCUGUCCAGAAACAAUUAGAGGAAACUCGGAGACAAAAUACGAUUGAAAAUCAAAACCAGGAGAAAAAUAAUGAAGAAGAAAAAGUUGUUGAAAUGUUAGAAAUUUCUGACUCAGAUACCGAAUUAUCUGAUUAUGAUAUUAUUGAUAACGAAUUUAAUUCUGAUGAUGAACUAAAAAUUAUUAUUAAAGAUAAUGAUGAGGAUAGUGAAGAAGACUUUUUUGAUAAAGAAGCUGCUGAUGAUGUUGUUAGAAUUUUAGGAAAUACAUCUAAACAAUAAAUAUUAAAUAUGUUUUUAAAUUUUUA